UACAUUUUCUCUCUAGUCUCUAUUAAGUGUUAAUUCUAUUGUAUUUAUUUGUAAAUUAGAUCUAUAAUGUGUUAUUAUUAACGUGUUUUUUUUAGUUUAUUCGUGUUCUGCAGUAAAUAUUAUAAAUACUGGACACUUACGAAGCAAGCACUGGUCCCUCGGUCUUUUCUGCAUUGGGCGUCUAACGUCAACAGUUUUCCGGGCAACAUCCUGGGUAAAGACUCGUCUUCGUGCGGCGAGUUGAACAAACAAGUAGCCGUGUCACCGCUGCAAUUGAAAAACAAUUAACAUGGAAAAGGAAAAAGUUUACAAGUUCAUGGUGACGGCCAACCGACCGUAUAGUGCCAACGAUGUAUUUUCGAGUCUUCAACGGCAGAACAUUGGCAAGUCUGCCGUAGACAAAGCUCUGGAUCAAUUAGUGAAAGACAACAAGGUAUUUGUGAAAUUAUACGGCAAGCAAAAGGUUUAUUGCGUGAUGCAACCGGACGUCACGCUGGACGACCAAAAGGAAAUGGAUAAGAUUGACGAGGAAAUAUUGAAAACUAACGAGGCUUUGCGGGACGUCGAACAAAAAUACAAGAUAUCCGAAAUAGAAGUGAAAACCUUGGGGAGUACUUACAGCACCAAAGAGGCGGAGGGCAUGGUGGCCGAGCUGGAAAAAUCCGUGUCCGAUCUUAAACGCAAGCUGGAAGAACUAUCCAAAAACAACGUGAAGAUGUCGGAGAAAGAUAAAGAACGAGUGAAAAGCGAUUACGAAAAAAUUACCAAGGAAUACAGAAAAAGGAAACGCAUAUGCGUGGACAUAUUGGACUCGAUUUUAGAGAAUUGCCCGAAAACAAAGAAAGCUCUUUUCGAAGAAAUCGGAAUAGAAACAGACGAAUCUGUCGGUAUGCCUAGCUUGUAAUUAAUUAUUUUACUCUUAACUUGUGUUCGUGUAUUAAGCUAUAGCUAUGUUUACCCUUGAAAUUAUAAUUCCGGCGAUGCUUAUACGAAUUUUCGGCCCUUUGAGCAGUCUGUACCUGAGGUCCACGCCGUUCCAGAAGGAUACAAAGUAUCUUUUAAUCUGUACGUUGUCUCCUCCGUGCAACCUUAAUUUUUUGUUAACAAGUUGUAUAAUAUGUUGAUUAUUAGUGUUAUAAUUCGUUUAAAUGUUUAAUUAUCAAUAAAAUAUUAAAAUCG